GAUUUUUUAAAGCCUCUGAGAUGAGUUAAUGUAUAGAAGAAAAGCGUAGGUAUAUCAAAUCCUUGUCGAUGCUGAUUCCAAAGCAAUCAAAGCAAAGGAAUAUUGCACCUUACUAAGUGUCAGUACUUGUUUUAAUUGCUUUCUUACACCCGUGCAGGAAACUGUGAGUGUUGUUGUUGUUGUAGAGUCGAUUUCGAGCUGACAUCUUUGCUCGCUUACGCGGUUGAAUAACAUAGCAAGCUAGCUGUCAGCAGAAGUGCAUAUAAACAAACAGAAACCCGAACGAACAGAACACUUACAGCUAUGUUACUGCGAGGUAAUAGUUAGUAUAUUGCAUUCAGUGAUAACAGACAUCAUGUCAGCCUUAUUGUUUCAGCACCGCGCCGUUCUGUGUAGGAAAUACAGCAGAGGUUUGUUAUGGGCUCUGACAAAACCGAAUUCCCACCUGUUAGCAAACACGCUAACAUCCAGCGGCAGGGUCCGAAAUGUUUUGUCAAGAUGGUAUUGUGUCAGAAAGAUGCUUCUUACAAAAUCAGAGAGGACUCUUACAAACCAGCAAUACGAAGUCAUUCAGGUGAGUCUCAGUAAAACAUCAAACACGACAGAUGAAUGAAUGUAAAGCUCUGUCAGAUUUGGCCUGUGCACCAGGUUUGUUUAAGUGUUUACUUUAACUGAUCUGAAACCCUGUACUUUGAAGUGUAAACGCAGGAUAAUAAACCCAAAUGUUAGUAUACUGGAGGAAUUCACCUUUUCCUCAUUGCCUCGACCUGCAGAAGUUGUUGAUGGCAUUUAUAAUUCCUCUUAAAAAUCUUUCACAUCACAAACUAUAGGGGAGAGUGGGGUAAGAUGAGCCACCCCCUGUUCCUUGAAAAGUGGCUCAUCUUACCCCACCCUCCCCUAUUUGUUAUCAGUGUUAAAGAAUUCUUUCAGUGCAGCCAAAAUGUUCAGUUGUCCUUGUGUUUCCGAUCUAGAGCCUUCUCCAUAGACCUUUGGGUCCUGGCCUGGUGGGACUCAGUAAAGAGUUAAUCAGAAGCAACCUGAUGAGAAACCCCGUUGGUUUGAUGAAUCUGUUAGGUAAGUAUUCUGUUUACUUUCUCACCUACAAAUAUAUUUUUAGUGUUACUCUUGAUGUUCAUAUAGUGAUAAACCUGUAAUUUCAGGAGCAAGAAACUUCUUCAGCACAUCACAGUCCAGACAGGAGAAAAAUACAGGCGGUGGACCGAAGGGAAAAACUCCUGAGGAAGAUGAAGGUCAGUGCCACAUUGUAUGAACUGCUUUGAACAUAGCUGCUCCUUCAUCUCAACUCUUCUCGCAAAGACUUCAACUUUUCUUCUGAAAUUAUACUUUUUUUUCCCUUGACAAUCAACUUCACCAUUUAGAGGAGAAGAAACGUCGUGAGCAGGAGGACCAGAUGUACCGGGAGCGCCUCAGAGCCCUCUUCAUCAUUGCACUCAUCAUGAGCCUGAUGAACUCCAUUAAUACCAGUGGUGGUAACAUCUCCUGGAAUGACUUUGUGAAUGAGAUGCUGGCCAAGGGAGAAGUGUCACGUGUCCAAGUCGUCCCUGAGAGUGACAUUGUUGAAAUUUACCUUCAUCCUGGAGCAGUUAUCUUUGGAAGGCCUGUAUGUUUAAACUGCUGAAUGCUUCUUAUUUCAUAUAAACUGCAUGUCAACUUUAGCACAGAGAAACUUGUUAACUUCACCUUUGUCUUACAGAGGCUAGCCUUAAUGUACAGGAUGCAGGUUGCAAACAUCGACAAAUUUGAAGAGAAGCUGAGAGCUGCUGAAGAGGAGCUGCAUAUUGACGCCAAGGACAGGAUACCAGUUUCUUACAAACGCACUGGAUUCUUUGCAAAGUAAGAAAAUGAAUUUUCUAAAAAGAGUUUUAAUUGAAAUAAAUGCAAUCAGAAGGAGCUGCGAAGAUUAAUGAACAUUUAGAAGAAAAGGCAUAGAUCUCUAUGAUGAAAUGUGUCUUAUUAUUCACAUUAUAAAGAACAAAAUAACUCUAAUACACUGUCAUCAUAAUGAAGGAGUGCUUUCUCCGAAAUGUGCUCUCAGCUUAUGUAAGCAUGCGAACAGACUGGUUAAUUUGGGAAGCAGCGCCCACAGGAUUUUUGAUGUUUUGAACUCUGAUUUUCUCGUAUCUUGUAGCAAAGAAUAUCGGAUAAUUAAUGAAAUGUUUCUAAAUCUGUUCACUUUGCAGCGCCGUGUAUGCUCUAGGAAUGGCCGCCGUGGGUGUGGCCAUUCUCUGGUAUAUCUUUCGACUGGCGGGCAUGGGCGGCAGGGAAGGUGGCUUCAGUGCUUUUGUGAGUGAGACCACAUGAGCAAAGAGUUAUGCCUCCAUUCAGAAUUCUUAUUUUGUUUCAAUGACUUAAAUAUCACUUUGAUCGCAUGCUUCCAAACACUCAACAGAAUCAGCUGAAGAUGGCCAAGUUCACCAUUGUGGAUGGCAAGUCGGGUAAAGGUGUGAGUUUCAAAGAUGUAGCAGGUAUGCACGAGGCCAAGAUGGAAGUGAAGGAAUUUGUGGACUACCUCAAGGUAAGUAAUCAGACCCAGGUGUCAGAAAAUAACACAUGCAUGUCUUUCUAUGGGAAGCAAAUGCUGCAAAUCUACCCAAUCAGCUGAAAUCAUGUUGCAUCUAACCACCUAUCAUCCAAAUCUUGCAUGAGUAAAGAUCAAUUUCCAUAUUUAUAUCUGGUCUUAGAACCCGGAGCGAUACCUCCAACUGGGAGCCAAAGUCCCCAAAGGUUCAUUACUUCUUGGGCCUCCAGGCUGCGGCAAGACCCUGCUGGCCAAGGCUGUAGCCACCGAGGCCCAGGUGCCCUUCCUGGCCAUGGCAGGCUCUGAGUUUGUGGAGGUUAUCGGAGGUAUGGGAGUUUGUUGUUUAUAGACGUUCACUUUGGUCAUAGAUAUUUGUUUAUAACAUUGAAAAAUGUGUAUGCCUUCCUUUAUAUGUCAGGCCUACAGUAUAUCUUGUUGGAUUUCUGAAAUCAGAUGAGGCUCAGCAUGUCUCUCUGUACGCCAGCUUUGAUGUUACCUAUCUUGUUUGUCUCAAGGUCUGGGUGCAGCUAGAGUCAGAAGUCUGUUCAAGGAGGCUCGAAGCCGAGCCCCCUGCAUCGUCUACAUCGAUGAGAUCGAUGCUGUAGGAAAGAAGCGCUCCACCAAUAUGUCAGGUUUCUCUAACACAGAGGAAGAGCAGACCCUCAACCAGCUGCUGGUAGAGAUGGAUGGUGAGCAUGUUUAGCAUUUCAGAGCAGUUGCAUUUUUGUCCUGAGAGGGAUCCUUUUUUGAUAAAUAAUGAAACUUUAAACCUUUUUAUCGUUUACAGGAAUGGGAACAACGGACCAUGUCAUUGUUCUUGCUUCCACGAAUAGGGCAGAUAUCUUGGACAAUGCUCUGAUGAGACCAGGGAGACUGGACAGACACAUCUUUAUAGAUCUGCCCACACUGCAGGUAUGCUUCAAACUCACAGCACACCUCGUUGACUAGAAAUGUAGUUUCUGUACAAAACUUAGCCACAUCCUAUUAGAUUCAUUAUUACAAUUUCAGUCAUAGUAAAUCACUUCAAUUCUUGUUGAUCCUGCCAAGCUGUAUUUUUAUAUGCUCACAACUAAGAAGACUCUGAAUAGUACUUUGAUUCAUUUUGUUAUUUAUCAGGAAAGGAAGGAAAUCUUCGAGCAGCAUCUGAAGAUUCUGAAGCUAACCCAACCAGCUAACUUCUACUCGUUACGUCUGGCUGAGCUCACUCCAGGCUUCAGUGGUAAAUAUAUAUAUAAAAAAAUGGCCCACAUCUGGUAACAAUCAUAAUUUAAAAAAAGGAAAAUCCUUGGACACGAUAACACAAACCCCCUGAUGAUUAUUUUUUUGUCUCUACAGGUGCAGACAUCGCUAACAUUUGUAAUGAAGCUGCCUUACAUGCUGCCAGGGAAGGAUACAAGUCCAUCGACACCUUUAAUUUUGAGUACGCCGUAGAAAGAGUCAUCGCAGGUACUUUUCACUGUCAGAAAUAUGUCAACAGCAUACCUCUCUCUUGGUGGCUACUCUGGCUAAAUGUGAUAAAUCUGCGUACAAUGUGUUUGUGUCUGUUUAGGAAGUGUGAAGAAGAGUAAAAUCCUGUCUAAAGAAGAGCAGAGGGUGGUUGCUUUCCAUGAAUCUGGACAUGCUUUAGUAGGAUGGCUUCUUGAGCACACAGAGGCAGUUAUGAAGGUAACACACUCCUGCAUGUCUGAAUCUAGGAGCAGCAUAUGUGCUGCCUUUUUCUAGAUUUAAGAGGUAACACAUGAUUGAACACCUGCCUUAUUUGGUUUGAAUCUGGAACCCUUCACUACAUGCUAUGCUUGUAUUUUAAAAUGUAAUCAGAGAGUUCGACUUCUCAUCUUCAGAAUCCUAAAAAGAAGUUCUCUGGUUCUCAGGUUUUUUCCAAGUUUAUUCAAACAAUUUGUCCAAACAUCCUGUUAGUCAUCAAACCACCCCGGGUGUCUUUUCCAUUUAUCCACUGAACUGUGAUUUUUUUUCUUCCGUUGGACAUUCACACAUCUGACUAUGUGUCAAAUGAGACAGAAGCAUCCAGCUAGGUGUUAAACAUGUGGUGCCCAAUUAACAUGUAGGUUGUUUUCGGAUACUGGCUGAGCUGAGCAACAGUGCAGUUAUAGUAGUUGAGUUAAAAUUAUAAAGCAAGAAUGAAAAAGUACCACUGAGGUGAUGGUGUCUGCUUACUAUGAUAAAUUACAUAUUACAUAAUGGGACCAGCACUUGUUGUUUAAAAAAACAAGGAGGACCAUAAUUCACAAACAGUGUGUUCAUGCUGGGGCAACUGAUUUCCUACAGAAAACAUUUAACCAACAGACAAAAAAAACAUUCCUUUAACAAUCAAAAUGCAGCUCAACUUAUUUGACACAGUUAACAAAGUCAAACUGCUUUGCUGAGUGUGGCUAACAAAAGCACGGCUAGCACCGCCAGCUUAUGAGUCUCCCUGCAGGUUGAAAUCCUCAGACAAGAGAAGAAAAAUAUGAUAGAGUCAGUUAAACCAGACACAGCCCAUAUCCAAAUCAAUCUUUAUAUUUCAUAUCAAAAUACUGCGAGACGGGAUGGCUGUGCUACAGCUUGGACAAGACAUACGAAAGGCAUUUUUCACCUGCAUUAUAAAAUAUUGUGAAUGAAUUCAACAGUGUUGUCUGAUGCUAACUAGCAAGAGCGAUGAUGUUUUAUCAUUUUGUUGACUAAACAUGCUUAUUCCUGAGUUGUACAUACAAACUAACCCAGAGCUACAGAAACACAAAUAAUGGAGGCCUGGCUUUUUCAAUUUUCUAUUUGCCAACACGUUAGCUUUUCAACUUUCACUACUCUACUCACGCUUUUACAAAGAUGGAUGAACAGUCUUCCCUUUUUGAGACACAUCUCACUUUUUAAUUCAUCUAAUGUUGUACAAAUGUACGUCUCUUGUCUUGGACUAACUAAGCAUGUGAUCUUUGUACUUUAUGUGAGUCCUCUUCUCUUAGCCUCUUUUCCUGUUUUUCACGCCAAUUGUCAUUUUCGAACAUUUUUUUUGUAUGGGACUACAGUCUAUAUCUCAGGAAAAACAACGUUCAUCACCACUGAUUUUGUGGCUUAAGUCGUAUUUUUCUUUUCUAUCAUGUUUUACUGGGGAAGCCUUGGGAAAAAGUUUUUGGUUCCUUCAUGAUUAUUUGUCAAGUGUCAUUCAAAUUUGGAAGAAUCCUUUUCCCCUCAAAAAAUUAGGCUUUUGAAAAUUUAAUAAAUUAAUCAGCAAGAUUGACCAUGCACCAAUUAUGCUUCAUUGAUUGGGGCCAGUGGAAAAAUUAAUUAAAACAAUACAAAGACUUCAAAUUCAGUUUUUGACAACUAAAAAUGAAAAAGAUAUUGCUUUGUUUUGUUUUUUUCUUCAGGUGUCCAUCGCCCCACGGACAAAUGCUGCCCUGGGAUUUGCCCAGAUCCUACCCCGGGACCAGCAUCUCUUCACCAAGGAGCAGCUGUUUGAGCGGAUGUGUAUGGCACUGGGAGGGAGAACUGCUGAAGCAAUCACCUUUAACAAAGUAACAACAGGUACACCCAACUUACUGUGUAUCCACAGCAUAUGGUGGACAGUUUUGUUUGCAUGCGUUACUCUGAGCUUGAAACGUCAAACUCUGUUCUUCAUGAAGUUGAGAAUUUUUCUUUUUGUUUGUUUUGCUACAAAUCAAAGUUUGAUUUACACCUAACUCUCAAUAAGAGUUUCGGCCAAAAAAAAGGAAGACACAUUGUAAUCUAAGAGCUUGUUUUGGUAAUUGUAUGUUAUGUUCCUUUUUUUAUAUUUUGUCUCAGGGAUUGUUUGAGUUUGCACAAAUUACUUAUUCUCUCUCUGCUAACCCAGGAGCUCAAGAUGACCUGCGUAAGGUGACACGUGUGGCCUACUCCAUGGUGAAGCAGUACGGCAUGAGUGAGAGUGUCGGUCAGGUGUCGUUUCCGGAAACAGAGGAGCAAGGUGCCAUUGGACGCCGUCCUUUUAGUCAGGGCCUGCAGCAGCAGAUGGAUCACGUGGGUACACUGAAAGUUGGGGAAUUUAGUGUUGAACUUAUGUCAGUUCAUUAAAGCACUGUUAAUAUGCUGCAUGUUCUUAAGUAUAAACCUGACUGCUUUUUGAUUUCUUUCCAGGAGGCCAAGCUGUUGAUUGCCCGUGCUUACAGACAUACCGAGAAGCUUCUUCUUGACAACAGAGACAAGCUUACUCUGGUCAGUUCUUUAUCAAAACAGUUUCCUUUUUUCAGUCACAGAAUUUAGCACUCUUUUUAAUUUUAUUUGGUUUCAAUAAAUUAUAAGUCAAAACUCACUGUGCUUGAUCUUUUCCAGUUGGCCAAUGCACUGUUAGAGCGUGAGGUGGUGAACUACGAUGACAUUGAAGCCUUGCUGGGUCCAUCACCAUACGGGCCAAAGAAGAUGAUUGCCCCACAGAGCUGGGUGGAGGCUGAGAAAGACAAACAAGACACAGGAGAAGAACCUCCACCACCUCCCCGCAAACGUCGAGAGGAAGACAUGGACCCACAGCUGGUCUGAACUUAAAAUGUAGCUCUGGGGAAUAUUCCCAAACUGCUGCUUUUGUGGCGAUUAUCAGAGGCUGGAGGAAAUCUGCUUUAAUUCUUCCUUUGAAGCUUAUAUUGAUAUUUACCUCAAAGGAAAGCCAUAAAAGCUUCUUAAAACUUUGAAGCCUGUGCAGAUUUUUUUCUGCAAAUAAACAUUUAUACUUGAUUUCAGUUUGCUGACCCAUUGAGAUAACGUGAAACAGACACAGACAGUUCUGAUAUACCAUAAAAGAACUGGAAAAGUCUAUUUAAACAGGUUAUCUCCAGCUAGCCUGUGGUGUACAUAACUUGAAAAAGGUCACUAAUCAGCAUUCACUUUAAGUGCUGUGAGCAAUAAUGUGCUACAUGAUAGAAUUUUUCACACUGUGGGCUGAUGGCAGAAACUGGUGUGAAAUACCUUAUUAGGAAACCAACUAGGCAUACACUUUAGAUGUUUGGACUGUUAAGAAUUGAUGAUAUUCACUACUGUAAAUGAGAGGAAGUGUUAUCCGUGUGCAACAUUUGUCAAUCUAUACCCACAAAGGUAGACUGUAGGGGUGUUUCUAGUACGUUCUCAGUGAUGAUAUGCACUAUUUACAGUUUAUUUGCGUUCAUGCAGGGGACUCGCUUCCACACAAAGUCUGCAGUAUUGUUUUUGGUAUUCGAAUGAACUUGGAUUUAAGAACGCGCAGAAAUUGUGCAAGGUUGCUGUGGAUGUUUGAAGCCAAGAGUUGACAGUUGAGUUUGAGCUGCAGCAAAAAAAAAAAUGGGAUUGCUUAGUGAAUGCAGAGCAACAGGUUUGCAUUUUGAAUGCCUGUCAUGUUGAUGACAGGCUGAUUUUACUCUAAACGCCCUGUUUUUGCCACUGCAGAGAGUUGAAAGAACAGGUGAUGCAGUGUUAUCUUUGUAUCCGGAGCUGCGUUUGGAUUUAUUGCCACAACUGAAUGUGAAUUCCCAAAGGUCUGUGUUGCUCAAUCUGAAAAUAAAGUUUUAAUUUAAAUAUAUUUAACUGUUUUUU